AGAGAAGAGACACUUCCAGGGCUUUAGGGAAGUUACAGUGGUGGUGAUGCUGCUGAUGAUGGUGAUGUCCAGAUUGUAACUCUGUGGAAUGCUGAUGAGGAGUGUUGUGGUUAGAGAGUAUGUGACUGCCCCCUGCAGGCUGGAGGGAGUGAGUGUAUCUCACCAUGAACAAUAAGGACACCACCUCCGAGUCUGAGAAUAACCGUCAGAUGAAGGUGUUUCUGCCCAAUAAGCUAUUGGAGUGUUUGCCUCGGACAAACACACUGCCUAAAGAGAGACUCCGCUGGAAUACCAAUGAGGAGAUUGCAUCGUACCUGAUCUCAUUUGACCGACAUGAAGAGUGGCUUUCCUGCACACUCAAGACCAGGCCGCAGAACGGCUCCAUCAUUCUAUAUAACAGGAAGAAGGUGCAGUACAGGAAGGAUGGAUACUGCUGGAAGAAAAGGAAGGAUGGGAAAACCACACGGGAGGAUCACAUGAAGCUUAAAGUGCAGGGAACUGAGUGUCUCUAUGGUUGUUAUGUCCAUUCCUCCAUUGUCCCAACAUUCCACAGGAGGUGCUAUUGGCUGCUGCAGAAUCCGGACAUUGUGUUGGUCCACUACCUGAAUGUGCCGAAUGUGGAGGACAGUGGGAAGGCGUGUGGGCCGGUGCUGUGUGCCGUUACUGACCGCCGAGACGGACUGCGCUGGAACCGAGAGGAGCUGCUUUCGCAACUUAAACCCAUGUUUCACAGUAUGAAGUGGUGUGGCAGUGGAAAUGGGGCAGAUGUGUCCAUUGAGCAGCUUGUGCAGCAGAUUCUGGAGUCACAACAGACCAAACCACAACCUCGCACACACACCUGCCUCUGUAACCAUGCUUCUUCUGGGAUGAACAUUCCUCAUCGUUGUAACAGCACUAAACAUCGCAUCAUCUCCCCGAAGCUGCCAUGUGGCCCUGCGCCCUACCUCACAGAAGUCCAGAACCUAACUCAUGAGAGCUCAGGGGGUGGGGCAGUGAGCAGAGAUGGAAGUGCAGGGGAUGUUGUUGCAGGAGGUGUUGCCGUUGAGAAAGCUCAACCCUCUAGCCCAGCAGUCGUCCUUGACAGCGGGAGUUCUGCUCCGCCCACUUCCUCCUCUUCCAGUCCACCCCAAAAACAACGCUCAGCAACAAUUGCCAUUGGCAAUGGCAAUGGUUUCUAUGGCGAACAACAUGGUGGCCUGGCAACAGUAGCUCUGCCUCAGAAUGCAGUAAUUGUUAUGACGACCGCCGCAGCAGCAGCUGCAUUGGGCCGGGGAGGGGAGGAGUCUAAAGGCGAGCUCAGUUCUGCGCACCUAUCACUCACGCAUGCUGGAGGCCGGCUCGUCCUAUCACCUGUCCCGACCAAACAGGAGACACCCCCUUCUAGUCCCGCACCAGCACCAACUCACACAGUGCCGUCCAAUCAAGGUGUGGCUACGCUUUCCCUCACUCUUCUGCCCAGUCCUGUGAUUGGAGGACUGCUUUUGACAGAUCGCAUAAUUGCAGACAAGCCCAACGCUAUGCUCCGGCCCUCGUCUCCCUCCCCGUCUUUAAUGACACCACCAUCUACUCAGACCAGCUCUGUACCUGGCCGUGCCCCCUCUGUGCCACUGCCUUUUGACCCUGAUUCUUUUCUCAACAGCCCCAAACAAGGCCAAACCUAUGGUGGCUCCUCCCUCUCCCCUCCAAACACAACUAAUUCCGCCUCUUCCUCCCAGAGCCCACCCCCUUCUUCUUCUCCACAGCCUCCUUCAUUAGCUUUGACUCUUUCGCCAACCUCUCCACCCUCAUCUCUCUCUUCUCUUUCUCCUCCUACGUCUACGCCAAACUCAGCCUCUCUGUCUCCUUCGCUGUCUUACUCACUCUCUCCUGCUUGUCCUGCCCCCUCUUUUCCUCCCCUUUGUCUUGAUUCCUCAUUGACUCUUGAUUCACUGGCCCACCCACUAAGCCCUACCCUGGACACUCGGGUCUCCUCGCCGCCGCUGGACAUGUCCCCCCAAUGCUCUGCCAGUGAUGGGCAAGCUCUUCUGAUUGGACAGGAUGGAAAUGCCCUGUCUACUUUUCUGCCUCUAAACUAUACACACAACCAGCUGUUGCCGUCACGUCACUUGACAUCCAGUCAGCAGUCCAGCAAUCAUCUGUCAACCAAUCAUCUACCACUUAGUCAGCUCUCACCCAAACAACCUCAGACUAAUCAGCUUCCACCUGAUGGAGAGGGGGGAGGGCUUAGGCUUCAAGAGGAGGGUCAUCAACUGAUUCCUCAGACAUGCACAGACUCGCAGGAUUUGCGGCCAACAGGGCGAGGACUGCGCCAUAGCCUCAGCCAGCCGGCUCUGCUCGCACACAAUGAUGCACACAACAAUGUACACACAGAUUCUCUCACACACACUGAUGCACUUGCACACUCGCAUACGCACACACUCAUUGCACAGGCGAGUCCUGUUCAGGUGAAGGAGGAAAAUUCUCCACCCAUUACUCCAACAAUUCUGCAAGAAUUAGAGUGUGAUGAAAUGCCCAUGGACACCGCUCACAGUUCUGACAGCACCAGCCAGCAACACACACAAGAGGCGGAGCUAUCCUUUGACUCCACCUUUCCCGACCUGAUAUCUGAACUCAUCACUGAGGAGACAAGCAGCCACUCUGCCUGUACAAGCCUAAACUCUGCCACCAUCCCACCCACUUACCCAGUCAGGUAUAUGGCUCCACCUCAGCCGUCACCCUCCACCUCCUACCUGCCCUACACACUCCUCACACAGACACACGCACACUCCAGCAUGCACUCCAGAUUGGGGGAGGAGCCUCAGUGUCUCGCUAGCAUCACCGAUUUCUCACCUGAGUGGUCGUAUCCGGAGGGUGGGGUGAAGGUGUUGAUCACAGGUCCCUGGUCAGAGGUGAGCUGCAGGUACUCAUGCGUGUUUGAUCAAAGUACAGUACCUGCUUCACUCAUCCAGCCUGGAGUACUACGCUGUUACUGCCCAGCUCAUGAAGCAGGUCUGGUGGCACUGCGUGUGAUGAAGGACUUGGACACUGUGUCAUCAUCUGUGCUUUUUGAGUACCGAGCACGAAAUGCAGCAUCAUUACCAAGCUCACAGCUGGAUUGGCUGUCUCUCGAUGAUAAUCAGUUCCGCAUGUCCAUCCUGGAGAGACUGGAGCAGAUGGAGAGGAGGAUGGCUGAGAUGGCUAAUCACAGUCAUGAUCAUCAUCAACAGCAGCAGCAACAGCGGUUGGCACGGCAACAGAGCACACCACACUCCUCACUGCGCCUAACUCCUGAAAACCAGUCCGGACCCUGGUUUGAGCGCCGGAUCGUGAGUGUGUGUGAGCGGAUGAUGAGUGGAGGACAGUGGGGUGGUGGUGAGAGACUCACACACUGCAUCAGACAUAGAGGGAUGACAUUACUGCACCUUGCAGCUGCGCAAGGAUAUACACACCUUAUACACACACUCAUCCGUUGGAGGACUCUGAGUGCUGACAGUCUGGAUCUGGAACAGGAAGUAGAUCCACUAAAUGUAGAUCAUUUCUCCUGCACGCCGCUGAUGUGGGCCUGUGCUCUGGGUCACCAGUCUGCUGCAGUCUUGCUGUACAGGUGGAGCAGUGUGGCACUGAUGAUCCCAGACUCUCUCGGUCGUCUCCCUCUUGCUGUCGCUCGCUCACGGGGACACACCCGUCUAGCCCGAUGCCUUGAGGAGUUGCACACACAUACACUCUUACAGGCACAGACAUCAGAGAUCACAAACAUACACAACCAGUCACACACACUGGACACGUCACCACCACCCCAGUUGCCCCUUUCUCCACUAUCUACAAGUCCUGAUACAGGCCUGAGUUCCUCCAGUAGUAUUCCAUCACCCAGUGACCCACCCUCCCCAUCUCCUAGCUCUGCCUACUCUAGCGGUUCAGCUCUGCCCACCUCUCCUCUGUCUCCUCCUGACCCAAUGGAUACUUCUUGUGACUCCUCCCCACGCUUCUCUCCAACACCGGCCCUUCGAUGCCCAACCCCCCAAAACAUGGACACACACUUCCUGUUGGAUUCUUCCCCACACUCACACACACACUUGGAGCACACACACUCACAUGCACACUCCUCAUUCGAGGCAGAAUUGCUCAGUUACAGCGAGAACGCAGAGAACGAGGAAUACCUGCCUGCCGAGGUCUUACAGGUUGACAUGACAACACUGGCUGAGCAGAUAAUUGAGGCAACUCCUGAGCGAAUUAAACAGGAAGAAUUUCCCAGGGGGGCGGAGUCACCACUCAGAGAGAGGCGGGAUAAUGCAGCUAUUCACGACACAAUGCCAUGGCUUGCACCCUAUUUGGAUACUGUAGACAGGUGUGUGUGUCCAACCCCACAGCCCCCUUCCCCUCUCAGUGCUCUAGCUCUACAGAGGCUCCGCCCCCCGAGUAGUGCAGCAUGGGCAGAGUUUUUGAAUGCCUCAGCCAAUGGAAGGAUGGAGAGAGACUUCGCUUUGCUCACUCUAACCGACAGUGAGCAGCGGGAACUUUAUGAAGCUGCUCGCAUCAUCCAGAAUGCAUUCCGCAGAUACAAGGGGCGGAGACUAAAGGAACAGCAGGAUAUGGCUGCUGCAGUGAUCCAGCGAUGCUACAGGAAGUACAAACAGCUAACAUGGAUUGCUCUGAAGUAUGCUCUGUAUAAGAAGAUGACACAGGCAGCCAUUUUGAUCCAGAGUAAGUUCCGCAGUUACUACGAGCAGAAGAAGUUCCAGCAGAGUCGCAGAGCUGCGGUUCUCAUCCAGCAGUACUACCGCAGCUAUAAAGAGUAUGAACGCAUCAAACAGGGAGGAAGAACUGGUACAGCACUCUCCAACAAGAUGAAAAGCUCGUUCCUGACUAAGAAGCAGGAUCAGGCAGCUCGCAAAAUCAUGCGCUUCUUUAGACGCUGCAGACACAGGAUAAAGGAGCUAAAGCAGAGCAAAGAGUUGGAGCGGAGAGGCCUGACCACCUGACCGCACACACGCACACUUUUCCCUACAGGUUUACAAUCAUUAACUAAAAUAACCUGAGAGGGGCGACAAACUUCCUGCUUCCUGCAUGUCAUCUGAAGGAGUGAACAUCUUCAUUCCUCCGUCUCCUGCCCUUUAACUCUCGCACUUGAAAACAAUGAAUGAACUUGUGUACAGUUUCGUUGUCCAUGUUUACGUUCCCCUGGAUUGGAGUUUGCCAGCUAGCGAGAUUCGGGGCUAGCGUUGUUGAGUUAGCUGAGCGUUCUGCUGCUUGAACCCCUUCACACUCGGUCGACUUUACUUUUUGUAUUUUGUUGUUGUUGCAGCUUGUAUACAGUGUCAUACAAAAUGUAUCUCUAUAUAAUUCUACUGAUCCAUAUGUGUAAACCUAUAUAUUCUACAGGAUGAAAUUAUUGUCUUGGAUAUAAAUUGAUUUCUGCUUUGAGGUUUUUCAGCAUGUUUAAAAUGACUCAAUGUUUACCUUCUCAGUGAGUGACAGUUUUCUCACACCACUGAUUUUCAGUCUUAGACCUCGUCCCCUCGUCCACUUCCCCUCAUCCUUCUUGUGCCCUUCUUCAUUCCUGUUCCCUUCCCCUUAUCCCCUUGUCCCUGUCCCCUCACGCUGUGGCAGCUUGAGUGAUGUGUUAGAUGAGAAUCGACUCACCUUACCCAGAAGACACUGCUGCAAUCUGACAUUUUUGGGCAUAACCUUAGAGCCAGAAGCUUCAAAUUUCAAAAACAUUCACACAUGGUGUUUGUUAGCGAGUUAGGGUCCUAGCUCCAGCCCUUGUUGGGAGAACGGGGAUAAGGGUUCGUUUAAAUCUGUAUUGAAACAGACUUGUGAGACGAGAUCGGAGCAAAGAGUGCAUCAUACAGCGUGAAAAAUGUCGUCUUAAACAGCACUUGAGUGAUGUAAUGUAUCGCUGAUCAAACACAAGGGAACCUUUCACCUGGAGGCACGUCAUCUGAUGCUGAGCUCGGAUGAUAUGUCGCUGGAUGAAUUAGACCAUAACAAUUCAUUUAAAAUUUAGGCAUUGUUAGUAUAAACUUACAUACAGUGACUUCUAUGUUUAGCUAAAAAUCUGCAGUAAGAUAUUUCAGUACAGACGGUGCGAGAAAGACAGAAAAUGGUUCCACUGUGUGAUAACCUGCUGAAGGUGUCGAGCGAUUUCUCUGAACAGCUCUACGUCGAACACCAUCCUGAACCGAGGGGCAGAAACACGUUCCACACCGACGCUGGACUGCUGCUUCCUUUGGUGUGCUGUUCAGUUCAUUAGUUCUUAGCUGUGUGUGGAUCGUUCUGACCCUAAAAUCUACUCCUGCUUUCUGCUCAGUGUGUGGUUUUUAAUUCACCUUGAAUUUAUUCACAGCGACUCCCAUCGUAUUUUAUAUGGAUCAGUGAAAUCGAAAACUUAAACCUUAUGAAGCUUAAAUAAAUUUUUUAAAGGACUGACCUCGCUGUUUCCUAAUAACAAUGUUAUAAUCUAUUAGAAUUGUUUGAUAGUUUUUAUUUAAGUUUCUCUGAGCAUGUGGCAUUUUAUUAUUUUUUCCAUUUCCAUUUGAUCAACAGCGUUUUAGCACCAGGCCAGAAACCAACACAGGAACCAUUUCAUUUUAUGGAUUAUUUUGGAUUGUGCAGUGCCUUGAAGUCUUUAAUACAGUCAUAUGUGUACACACACGCACACACACAACUUAAAUUGUAUUGCAGUUUGUUAUGCAUAUGAAUUUAUGUAUACAUAUGUGUUACACUUCACCACUGCGUGUGUUAAUAUUAUGCAUUAAUGUGUAAAUAUUGUACAUUAUAAAGAGCUGUUGGUUAUAUAAAUGAUAUAUAUUAUAUUUAGCAGGAAUAUAUUUGCUUGUUGGAUAUAAAACGUUUUUUUUUUUGUUCACAUCUGCAUGAUUAGAAUUACGGCUUCUGCAUGAGUUCCUUUUAGAGAUUUCCUUUCAGAUAUUGGAUGAAGUGUGUAAGUGUUGCAAAGAGUUUAUUUAUGAAUAACAUCAUUGCUUCAGGUUGUUUUUACUGGAACGUUUCUUUUACUUGGUGUUCAGGCUGUUUUGCUAAUCGAUUAAAAUGUUAAAAUGUGUGUUUGAAAA